AUUUGUUUCGAUGUACACACAAACUGACAAAGCUACGUACUGGGAACCAGUUCCAAGUUCGACAACUACAGCGACAGUGACACAGUGAAAUCGAAAAAAACCCCACCCGGUUAUAGAUAAAGAUCUGAAGGAUUAACGAUGGGCAGACAACUCACUACUGCCAUAUCUGAUGGUGUCCUAGCAUUAACCUGCUAUCGACUGGUCUUGUACCUGAUGAUACCAAGUAUCUACGCAGGCCUGGGAUUUGCAAUACAAGCUGUAGCUGCCACAGUCGGUGUUUUGAGAUUUGCAUCUGAUCGUCCCAGCAACACUGUCGUGAGGUGGCACGACUACUCGUCAUGGUUUGCGGCAGUUGCAGGUAUGCCGCUGAUCGCCGUGGCGUUCUGUAAAUACGUCUUGCCAUACAUGAUGAACUUCAACUUCAUGGCCUCCAUGGGACUGAUCCUGAUGAAUGGCGCCAUGGAUACCAACAUGCAGAAACUGAGCAAGCAAGCCGUCAGUGGUUUCGCCAUGUUGACCAUUCUUCUGUCCUGCUUCUAUUCUGCCAAUGUUUACGGGUUUGUAGCGGCGGCGUUGUAUGUCGUUGCUGCCCCGAUUACCGGACUUGAUGGCAAUAUCCACAUUGGUAGAUACAACAUUCCAAGAUUGGAUGCUUUUCAUUAUGUCUUAGUUGCUGCUAAUUUGUUGUUUUUCAAGGCCUUGUACAGGUUCUAAAACUGUUCUCAUGGUAACAAAAGUUAAAGUUUCUUUUGUUUAAUGACACCACUAGAAUACAUUCAAUAUAUUUUUUAUGCCUGUUUUUGUCAAAUUAUGGUAUGGUGUUGACCAUCCGUCAACUUUUUAUUUGCGGAGCAUAUCUUUCUUAUCAAUUCAUAUAGGAUCAUCAAACCUUGCAUGCAAGUACAUCCUUAGGAUGGCGAUGUUUCAUGUACCAUAACUAGGUCACCAUGCCCUACUUUUUACGCAUUACUGCACAUUAAAGGAAAUCCUUGCCAGGUCAUAUUUUCGUUAUCAAUGUGUUGCAUACAAUGUACCAUAACUAAAUCAUGUACCUCACCAGUACUCUUUGUUCCAUUAGCAGGAAGCAAUCUUUUAUAUACAAUUUCCCACAGACUGAUUGCUUGCAUUGCUAGUGUGGCAAGAAUCAAGUGUAAAAGGAGUUGGUAUAUGCCAAAGAGGGUCCUAGGAGUUGCUUGGUGAUUACCACUACACUGAUCUCAUAGUGGUGUUUUCAGUUGGGGGUAAUUACUUACUUUAAUAAAACAACAACUAUGGAUGGCCAGUUGAUUUUAUUGUUGAGUCAGGUACUGUAGGCUGAGCAAUAAUGAAUGUUGUCUUAGUCUUUUUGUUUUUAUUAGAACUAAGGUAUGAGAACAGUGAACUUUUGUUUAAGCCAGAUUCAAGGGGACUUACAGAAUAGACCAUGGGAAAUGUUUUUUUUUCAAAAUUUUCUUUAGCUAUACAUGUAGUACUAAUAGUAGUUAAUUGAUUGAACUAGGAUUAGCAGUAGUUAAUGUUUAGAAUUGUGUGUUGCAAUCUCUGAAACGUGCAUAAUGAAUUGUAUACUGAUCAAAAUAUUUCCAGGAUCGGUUUGUACAGAAUGUCCUUUUAGGCAGAUUUCACCCAAGCUAUUGUCACUGGACAGGACUGAGAUUGUGCUGGUUUUUCAAAAAGGGCAGAUUUGGUUCAGUCGAUAGAGUGCUCGCCUGGGGUGCUUUGGUCACAGGAUUAUACCCCUUCAUGGACCCAUUCUUUGACAGUCCCAACCUGUUCCCCAUCACUGGUAUAUCAAAGGCUGUGGUAUGUGAUGUCCUGUAUGUGGGGAAAGUGCAUUUAAAAGAUCCCUUGGUGCUAAUGGAAAAAUGUUGAUGGUGUCCUCUAAGUCUUAUGUCAGAAAAGUUUUAAUGUAUGACACCCAAUAGCCAAUGAUGAAUAAAUCAAUGUGCUCUAGUAGUGUCGUUAAACAAGACAGGUUUUCACAGAAAUCUGGAUUUCACUGAUGUCAGUUUGGGUAGCAUUCACAGUACAUUUUGUAUAUGAGAUUCAGUUUUGCAUAAUUUACUCACUGUUGAACCAAAAUAAAUAUGAUUUUAUUUAUGAAAAAGUUAAAGUCUGUUUUGUGUAAUGACACCACUAGAGCACAUCGAUUUAUUAAUCAUCCACUAUUGGGUGUCAAAUAUUUGAUAAUUUUUAUAUAU